CGAAGUAAACCACCUUCGAAUUCAAAGGUCCGGAGAGCUUCGAGGAGUUGGCAUCGGGCACGAAGAGUAGUUCACAGUUUAUACCAGUGAUUGGGGAGCCGAGUGCAGACCAUGGACUUCGACGGUGUUUUGUCUCUUGUCGGGGAUUUCGGGCGUUAUCAGAAAUGGAUACUGUUACUUGUCUGUAUCCCCUCGAGUCUCCCUCUGGCCGUCUCCGUCUUCAGUCACAUCUUCGUUUCCGCGGUUCCCGAGCAUCACUGUCACACGUCACUCACGGAAGAGAGGAGCACGCUUCUCAGAAGACGGCUGGCAGCAUCAGAGAGUUCUCGUGAAGCGCUGCAAUCUCUAUCCAUCCCACGCGAAAACGGUGGUGGAUUCUCGUCGUGCCGACGGUACGACGUCGAUGUAAAUGGUGUCAUCGACCAAUUAAUUUCGGAGUCUGGAUUUCUUAACUCCUCAAUAAUCGAAGAUUACGUCGCGAGGAAGCACUGGUCUGUGAUUCCUUGCUCGGAUGGAUGGGAUUUCGAACAGUCAAAUUAUGGGGAAACCCUCGCUACAAAGUUUAAUGUCGUCUGCGAUCAGGCUUGGUGGAGUUCUACGGCUCAGAGCGUCUUCUUCCUAGGCGGUACGAUAGGUUGUUUCGUUUUCGGUUGGAUCUCUGACAGGUGGGGCCGGAGACCGGCGUUCCUCCUCGUUCUGGCCGUGAUGGCUACCGGGAACAUCGCGCAAACCUUCCCGGCCAGUUAUUUCGGCUACGCGGUCGUGAGGCUUUUCGUCGGGCUUACGUUUCCCAGCGCCUUCAACAUGUCUUUCUUGAUCGCCGCCGAAAUGACUGGCUUAACGAGGCGGACUGUGCCGGCUCUUGCCUGUGCCAUGAUGGUGCCGCUCGGGAUGAUGCCGUACGCGUUGAUUGCGAGUGUUAUCAGACACUGGCAAACUCUUCAAGCUGUGACUUCCUUCCCUCUGGUUCUGCUCAUCGUGUAUUAUUGGUUCGUGCCGGAGUCCCCUCGCUGGCUAUUGUCGAAGGGACGGAUAGUAGAAGCUGGAGCCCUGCUCGAGAAGAUGGCCAGCGUCAAUGGAGUCGCCCUGUCCACGGGAACACCGCAAGAUAAGUUGCUGAUCUACUGUACAUCUUGCGCUCCGGAGGACGGGGGUGCGUCGCAAUUUGAUUUCUCCAGCAUAGUGAAAUACCCGAAGGUCGCGCUGAGGUUGUUGUUGAUCUCCGUCGUGUGGACCGUUGGCUACAUGGUGUACAACGGGCUUAGUUUUGCUAUGCCGGAUUCGGUGGCGGAGCCCCAUCUCGCUUUCUUCGUGAGCGGUCUGGCUGAAGUCCCGGGUGCUCUCCUCGGAUGGGUCGUCAUGGAGCGCUUUGGCCGGAAAGUCUCGAUGCUUUGGAGCCUGUUCCUGAAUGGCGUCUUCUGUUUAAGCACGGCAUUUAUCCCCGAAGGCUUGCCGUGGCUAGCUUUUCUGAUGCCGUCUCUUGCGAAAGUUUGCGUCACUUCGACAAUCACAAUUAUUUACAUGUUCGCGGGAGAGCUCUUCCCGACAGUGAUUCGUGGCUUCUCGAUUGGCGUGGCGACAACGGCCUCUCAGCUGGGGUUGGUGUUGUUACCGUACAUCCUGAGUCUGGGCGCGACUCAUGGGAAGAACGUUACAUUCGGGAUUUUCGGCACCAUGGCGAUCCUCGCUUCGUUUCUGAUGUUGGCUCUACCGGAAACACUGAACGCCCCGCUACCAAUGACGAUGCAGGAUGCCGAAGAUUAUCGAGAUUUUGCAUUUAAGAAAUCCCGCAAGAUUGUGCCAGGAGGUAUUGUAGGCUCCGAAAGCGUAGGGAAUCUCCGGGUCGAUCAGGAUGAUCUCGGUUUGAUUGAGAAAUGGAUCUGGGGCCUGCGCGAGCGGCCAGAGAAAGAUGAUAUGACACCCAUGCGGAGGAAUGUCGCGCGAACGAAACUUCGUUUGCUCAGGAUCGGUGCCUGA